AUGAUCGACCGCAGCUAUGCCCCAGACUGCUCCUACACACAUCCACUUUUCUAUGUGCCUCCUGUCGACUUGCGGGGCCUUACUCUCCCGCUGGCCGACAAUCUCGAUUCUCGGGAGGCCAUCAAGCUGGUUUUCCGAGCCAAGAGGACCUUGUUCCCUCAGACUGUCUGGAAGACAGAGGGUUCUGGCUUCGAUUCCAAGUCAAACAAGGUCUUUGUGCUCAUGCAGCACAAGCUGGACAUAGCAUUCAUGCCCAAGAUCUUGAACGCGCUGCACUUCAAGGUUGCCACAACCUUGCAACUAAAGCCUAUCUACAUCAACUUGAACGACCAGACCCAGACCAUGCCAAGUGAAAGCUCUGGCCAUGUCUCCAACAGCCGUAGUGCUGCUUUGACGUAUCAGCUUGGUGUUUCAAACUCUCAAGAUGGAAUUUCCGACGGCGACAGAAUGCAGAACGAAUGCAAGACGUACAGCUAUAGCGAAAUGCACAAUCAGUAUUCCGGACCCGCGUUUUUCGAGGAGCUUCAAGGCACCGCCAAUGGAUCGGCUGCUUACACUAAAGAAAAGCAGACCGUACUUGGGCGUGUCAGUAUUGAGGACUGCGGAGUCGAUGCUCUACUGUUCGGGCUUGAUGGCUCUGCUCCAACUACUGACAGCCGUUCAGGCUCAGGUGAAAGCUGCUGCUACUCAGCUGAUGCAGUCUGUGGCGGAUCCUGUGCUUUUUGUAAGUGCAUCACCGGCAGUGGCUCGGCCUUGACUACCCGAUGGGUGAUCUGUUCGCAAGAGGAUAUGAUGCAGCCUCGGGACAUUGUCCUGUGCAUGCUCUUUUUCCCGGCCAUCGCGGCGUUCAACUGGCUUCAGGCAGCCGUUUACUUUGUCCAGAGAGUCAAGUCAGCCUUGCUUUUCCAUGACCAAGCUCAUGUCAAGGCACCAAGGCCAGGCAGGUCAGCCUCUGCCCGUGCUGAGUCAUACAAUCCAGUAUCGGAAAGCUACGCCGGCCCAUCAAGCGCGGCUGCCGAUACAAAGACCAUGGAUACAGCCCUACUUCCUGAGGAAUAUGAGCCUGCAAUGGCGAGAGCUGUGGAGAAGGCCCGGGCAAAUGUCGUUGAGUCGGUAACCAAUGCAGACGCCCAUCUCGACAAUCUCCCACGGGAAGAUGCUGACAUCUACGGCUCGGAAUCCUGCUUCGAGGGCGCAACUUAUGACGAAUUUAUGGAUGCCAAUUACGGCAUGAGGUACACACAAGGCAACCUACUCAAACAGUUGAACAGCUCGCUUCAGCGCGCAUCCGCCAAGUCCAAAUCUGUUCGCUUCACUGAGGAGAGUUUCGGCAACGAAGCCGGCGAGACUGAGGAUACCAAGUGCGAUGCCGAGUGUAGCGAUUAAACACUAGAGCUCAAAAGACGUAUAGAACAACAACUCGCCUAGUUGAUCCGCA